UUCUUAAUGCAAACCCCCAAAAAUCAAGCUCCUCCUAACCUUUUUAGCUUUUGAUCAUCUUCCCCCCCCUCUUCUUUUCUCUCCAUACCCAGUUUUAGUGGACUACUAUUUUCUCUCUCCUAUUAUGGCAGUUUGACAAAAUCUUUCUGCAUUUCUGAUAAUAACUCAAACUUUGAGGUUUCAAGACCUUAUUAUAGAAAGAAUAAAGAAAAAAAAAAGUGGGCAUUUAAUUUCUCAUACACCUUCAUCAAUUUCGUUUUGUAGCGAACUUAAAAGUUGUUGUUUUUUUGGGAUUUUUACGUAUAUUUUUAGGUUUUUACUUUGCUAUAACUAUAUUUCUCACAUGGGAUAUUGAUAAAAAUUUACACUUUAAAAUACCCAAAACUUCUUUUUAAAGAUUUUUGUUGAUAUAUUUUGCCCAACUUUCUAUUUUCAGCUUAAAAACAGUUUACUAUAUUUGGAAUUUGCAGUUGAUUAAUGUUAGUCUGGUAAAUUAUAAGCUACUUGUAAGAAGCUAAUAGGGAAAGCAGAGAUAUUAUGGUUGACAUGGAUGAAAUAGUAGCAGAGCUACAAAGGGAAAGGCGAAAGAACGCUGAACUUUUGCAAAGAAUAUCAGCUCUAGAAGCUCUAAUACAGCAUGAAAGAGAUAAGGGUUCAGCUGCUCCCCUCGUGGAUGAUACUGUUCAAAAUGGUCAUCCCAAUAGUGCAGAAGAAAGAUGCAGCAAGAAACACAAGACCCAAAAGACAGAAGAUUCUAGUGCUGCAAAACUUGAAAGCAUCAUGCAUAUGAAGCAAGAUGCUGAUGUUAGAACUACAAAGGCUUCUAACUUCGAGAAUGGUCUCGUAAGCUGGAUGAGUGUAGACACCCAAUCUCUGCUUCUCGACAAAUCUAAAGAUAUCCAAUCUCUGUUGUUGGAAUGCGAAGAUGCAGAUGACAGUGAUGACGAAGAUGAUGAGCAUAGUGAAGACGUGAAUUGUGAGGGAUUGAAUAAAAAAUGCCAAGAAAGAACUAAAGAUUACAACAAAAAUGAGAUAGAUUUUCCAAGCAUUAGUCAAAAACUUGAGCAAGAUUGGGAAGAAAUGAAGAAAAAUGUGGGAUUUAGAAACUUGUCCUUACAAAAGAAGCCUCCUAAAGUUGCAUUUUGUCCUAAAGAAGUAAGAGGAAUAUUAGGGUCUCAAGUGCUAGGUGUGAAGAAUGCUCAAUCUCAUACCAUGAGAAAGAUCAUAGUUUUCGCUUCAUUAGGCAUAAGACAUGGAUGCGAUGAUAUGUAUGAGUUAAACUACAAUCAUUUCGUCAUUUCGAAAAAGGGACAGCCAUAUAUAUCACAAAGUAAUCCAGGGGAGCAUGUUUUAUAUGAGAAUCCUGGGAUGAAGAGGAAGGUAUUUUACCCAAAUCGCCAAAAUCCAGCACUAUGCCCUGUUCAGAUAUUGGAGGAGGAACAGGCUAUGCGUCCAUCUGAUGCUAGUUGUCCACCAUGUUUAUUUCUGUGCAUCAAGUAUGGUGGGAGAACGCGAAACAUUCCACAGAAUGAGUAUGUAAGGCAACGAAUGGGACGAAACAAGUUGAAGUCUUUUGGUCCACUUAUCUGCCUAAUGGCGAGGCUCAUGAACGUCAGAACUGGGAGUUUUUUCUUCAAGGCUUUGGGUAUCACCCUCCUCUUCAUGGCUGGUUUUCCAGAUGACAUUGUUCAGAAGGAAACUAAGUACAGGAACUUAGACUUGUUACAGAAGUAUUACAGAACAGAUGAAGAUGCAGCAGGGGAGGAGCUUUUCCUUGUAAAUCCUUCAGCUUCUCAACUUGCUAAUUUUGAUUUGGAGAAGCCCAAUUCAAGGACAACAAAAACAUCAAAGCGAAAGAAGCAGCCUGCGAACUGUACUACAAGCAAUGAAAUUUCACAGAAGCAUACUUCGGAAGCAACAACCUCAACCUCUCCCUCUCUGAUCCCUCCUGAUGCAUCAUUUCAAACUAUACCAUCAUCAUCAAAUAAUAUGAUCAUAAACUCUCAGCCUAAUAUAAUAUACAAUCAACAUCCUUUAUGCCCGAUGUUUUUUCCAGCUCGGCCACAUAAUGCCAUGACACCUAUGAUGUACUGGCCUUCGGUAAUUCAGAGUGCAUAUCCUACGUGCCCUUGUCCUUCAACGUAUGGUUAUCGAGCGUUAGGAGGAAUAUAUGGUGGGCAUUACGCUCCAAUACAUUCAUGGCCUUGUUAUAGCCACGGAUUAGAAGCACGCAUUGCUGAUAACUCGAAUGAAGCUGCCAAUGCUGACUCUGCAAGCAGUUUAAGCAGCACAGAGAAUAAGUAAGCAAAGACUUAUCUUACGAAUUCCCGCAAUUGAUAUGGUAUGAUAUCUAAUUCUCUAUAUGCAAAGGAAGGUGCCUGCAUUAGAGGUGAGUUAUAUAGUACGUAUAUACAGAGUAAUAUGUACGGGAUAAUAAACACAGAAAUUUAUAAUUAGUUUUCUAGUUUUAUCCUAAACUAUUUGUACAGUAGUCCAUGGCUCAACAUUGUCCAUGACUCAUGAUUGAAUCAUUGAAUAUUGUACAGUAGUCCAUGGACAACAUACACUUUUAAUUUUCUUUCUCCUCAACAUUUCACCGCGAGGAGCCGAGGAGGAUAAAGAUUACAGCAGUAUUGACUCUAUCGCAAACGAAUUAUCAGAAGUUACAGAAACCUAAUAUUAAUACUCCUAAUUAUGGAUUAUGUAUGUAGUGUAUGCCGAAAUCUGACCAUUAUUAUGGUAAAUUACAAGGAAUACAGCAAGUAAGACUAAAGUUUUUGAA